UGCAAGACGUUUAAGAUUGAAUUGUGGUUUUAGCGGUCCUUCCUUAUAGCAUAAAUCAAAUAAAUUUGAUUUAUGCUUAUAGUGACACUACAAAGGAAAGAAAGAUUGAAUUGUAACAUAAUUAUUUGUAAUUUUCUAAAAUAUGAGGUCGGAAAACAAUAAAGAAUGUAAUACUUUAAUGGAAAGUUUGAUCAAGCCAAAAGAACUUCGUCGGUUCCGGGAAACCAAAGGACGAAGUGUUGAAAAGUUGCUACCGACAAAAAAGAUUAGAGUGUCGAAAAUAAUUCAACUGCCCAAUGCGCGAAAAAAACUUUCUCGCAAAGAAAUCGCUCAAAUGGGGUUGUAUUCGCUUCCUGAAGAUACAAUAUGUUACAAACAAAUGGUUCCUCUAAAUCGGUUAUGGCGAAAAUAUAUAUCUCGUUACCUAGGAAAGGAAAAAAUACCUGAUGCACCCGACUUACAGUACAAUCAGAUGACAUUGGAUUUGUUGAAGGCGGAUUACCAUGGAGCGAAAAUAAGUGUGAUUAGAGCGAGAAAUCCUAGUCUUGUUGGUAUAAAAGGCAUAGUUAUAUUAGAUACAAAAGGAACUUUCAAGAUUGUUUCACGAGACGAUAGAAUGCGCACUAUACCAAAGGUUGAUUCUGUCUUUCAGAUACAUUGGAAUAAUAUUGAUGUUACCAUUUUUGGUAAGCAUUUAAAUUCAAGGCCCGCCGAAAGAUCAACGAAAAAAAUAAAAACAUUUUCAGAGUGUGAUUUAAAUUAACAAAAUUGUUUUAAUUCUCUUAUUAUAGUACAAUCAAGUAUAUUACUCUUUUGGAUAUAUUUUUCACCUU